UUGUUCAGAACACAGUGUUGGUACUGAGAUGGGCAACACAUAUUUUUACAAGAAACUGUGUAUCUGCACAGGAGGAAGACCAAACAUCAUCACUGAACAUCCUCACGUCAUUGGCAUCCGUGACACAGAGAGUGUGCAGCAACUGAAAAGUAGGCUUUCAAAAGCUCGCAGAGUGGUAAUUGUUGGCAAUGGGGGAAUAGCAUUGGAACUUGUAUAUGAAAUGCAUGGCUGCCAGGUGUUGUGGGCCAUUAGAGAUGAUGCUAUAGGCAACACUUUCUUUGAUGAGGGUGCAGCUACUUUCUUCCUUCCUCACCUUUGUCCUAAUCUUCCUGUUUUGAGAGAGAAACAAAAGUUUAUGGAGACUACUGUUAAAAGAAGGAAAUAUGAUAUUGAGACCGUGCAGAAUGACAACUGUGGGACUGGUGGCUGUAUUGAUCGUUCUCAGAGUAUGUGUGGAGGGGCAUUAGGACCAGACUGGAGCUCUGACCUCACUCUUUGUGGUGCCCGCAGCAGUCAAGAUAUAGCUCAAAGACAGGUUCACGUUGAAUACAAGUGUAAAGUAAAACAGAUGUUUGAACCAGAAGAGUUUAAAAUGUCUGGACUGAAGGAGUCACCUCUUCCGUCAAAUAGUAAUGGUUCAGACAGCAAUUCAGCUUCUGAUUGGCCAGUGUACAUUCAACUUUCAAAUGGGAAAAUUUAUGGUUGUGACCUCAUAGUUUCUGCUACAGGUGUUAUUCCUAGUACCCAACCUUUUAUACUGUGUGCUCCAUUUGAUGUUGCAGAAGAUGGUGGUCUUUCAGUUAAUUCAAACAUGCAAACAAGUAUUGAGGAUGUUUAUAGUGCUGGUGACGUUUGUACUGCAUGCUGGAACCCAGCUCCUUGUUGGUUUCAGAUGAGAUUGUGGAGCCAGGCACGACAGAUGGGUGUGUUUGCAGCAAAGUGUAUGUCAGCACAUUUGUCAGGCGAAAAAAUUUCUCUGGACUUUUGUUUUGAGUUGUUUACACAUGUGACUCAAUUCUUUGGAUAUAAGGUCAUUUUACUAGGAAAAUUUAAUGCUCAAGGAUUGGGAAAUGAUUAUGAAUUACUUGUAAGAUAUACAAAAGGUGAUGAAUAUGUUAAAGUUGUCCUACAUAGAGGCAGAAUGUGUGGAGCUGUCUUAAUUGGUGAAACAGAUCUCGAAGAAACCUUUGAGAACUUAAUUUUGAGUCAAAUGGAUUUAACUGCAAUGAAAGACCUUUUGCUUAAUCCUGACAUUGAUAUAGAAGAUUACUUUGACUGACAGAGCUCCUAUUGAUUGAUUGUUCAAAUAGUUAGACACCAACAAGUGUGAAGGAUGAAGUUAAAGGAGGUCACUCCAAAAACCGUGUAUUUUUUUCCAUCAGCAAUAAAAAGUUCACAUUGAGUUGA